AUGGAUGAGGAGGAGCGCCGCAGUGGCAUUGAGGAAGCGCACGUGCGUAAAAAAAUUGCUGAGUACUUCACCUGGGCCGAACUGUAUGAGCACCAGAGAAGCUGCACAGAGGACCUACCUCAGGUCCUCAUUGUGAAGGAAGAUGAGGGGAUCCCUGAACCUGAGGGGUCCCCAGCUGGAUCCUCUCCAACCCUCAGCCUGGCCAUUCUUAACCUGGCCCACAGUGACUCAGCAGACAUGGAGUCAGUGGACGGGGGCCUCGAACUGGUGGAGCCUAUGAAUUAUAAUGAUAAUGACAGCACAGAUAUGUUAGAGGAGAUGAACAUGGGUGAGAAGGAGGAUGAAUCCAUGGAGGUGGAGCAGCAGCACCACGACAAAUAUAAGUCAUCUAGCCCCCAGAAUCCCCCAGACAUAACUGAGUUGGCCAUCCCUUCAUCUCAGUCGUCCUCUGUGACCAGCAGCAUGCCCAGUACGAACGUAACGCUGGAGAUCCUCCACAGUACCCGGGUGGCUGUUGCCCAGUUCUCCCAGAGCCUCCACAGUAGUGGGGCAGGAGGGAAGGCGGCCACAGCGGCCAUCCCAGUGAUCCUAGAGCACCUGCUGGCUUUGCAGCAGCAACAGGUCCACCAGUUGCAGCUUAUUGAGCAGAUCCGUAGCCAGGUGGCCUUCAUGAAUAGACAGCCCACACAAACAGCACUAAACCCAGUCUCCAGGGACCUUUCACUGGCACCAAACCCUUUCCCCUCCCAAGGCCUCAUCGUUCCCCCUGUCCUACCACUGUCUGGGACCAUACCCUCUGCUGUCAAUGGACAAGCGUCUGUGUCUUCGGCAUCUGUGCUUGAAAGGUCCCACACACUCUCCAAACAAACUUCAUAUGGACAGGCCCACAUGAGAGAUGCUAGAUGUACCUCAGCUCCCUCGGACAACUCUGCCCCUCCCCCCACUAGCUGCAACAAUAUUUCCUCAUUACAUCCUCCCUACAUGGGUUCAUACUCACACACAAGCAGUAGCUGUACUCAGACCCUGACCUCGUCCAGCCCACUCUCCAUGCAGGAUCAGAGCAACAGUCUCCUCAGCUCACCAUCCAGCCUGCCGUUUCUACCUCAGAGCCCCCCCAGCAGUGUCAUCUUCCCCAACCCCCUGGCCAGCAUCGCAGCCACAACUAAUGCCCUCGACCCCCUUUCCGCCCUGAUGAAGCACCACCGGAAUGGCAAGCUGCCCAGUGUGUCCAUGUUCGACACCAAGCCCAGCCCUGAGGAGCCCUUUUUCAAGCAUAAGUGCAGGUUCUGCGCCAAAGUGUUUGGCAGCGACAGCGCGCUCCAGAUCCACCUGCGCUCUCACACCGGGGAGAGGCCCUUCAAGUGCAACCUCUGCGGCAAUCGCUUCUCCACUAAAGGGAACCUGAAAGUCCACUUCCAGAGACACAAAGAAAAGUAUCCCCAUGUUCAGAUGAACCCUUAUCCAGUGCCGGAAUAUUUAGACAAUGUGCCAACGAGCUCUGGUAUUCCCUAUGGCAUGUCAUUCCCUCCUGAAAAAACAGGAGCCACUUGGCUGGAUAGCAAGCCUGUUUCAGCGACGGUACCCACCUCUAUGGGCAUUCAGCUUCCCUUCACUCUCACUACUAUGGGAAGCUCAAGUGGAUCUCUAAGUGUCACACCACCCAUCAAAUCUCCUUUUAGGCCCUCCCCAGCCUUAAGUGAAUGUGUGUCUUUGUCGCUGAACACUACAGGCAAUGAAACCAGUGUUCCCACAGCUUUAGAGUCUCUACAGUCUAAUCAGGAGGGGGAAUCCUCCCAUGUCUUGAAAGCAGAGGAAAUCCAUCUGCCACAAAACUGGAUGACUAGACCCAGGGUGAGUCCAUUUACUGUGGCAACAAGUAAAGCCAUGACUAUUACCACAUCCACACCCGAGCCCAGUGCUCUGACUUCCAACUUUCUACCACUUUCCCUGGCCUCUGACCCGUUCAAAGCAAAGUUUCCAUUCGGCGGCCUCCUGGACUCUAUGCAAACGUCAGAGACCUCAAAGCUCCAGCAGCUGGUGGAGAACAUAGACAAGAAGAUAACAGACCCCAACCAGUGUGUCCUCUGUCACCGCGUGCUCAGCUGCCAAAGCGCGCUGAAGAUGCACUACCGUAUCCACACUGGGGAGAGGCCCUUUAAAUGUAAGGUGUGUGGCAGGGCUUUCACCACCAAAGGAAACCUGAAUACACACAUUGGUGUCCACAGAGCAAACCCUCCUCUCCGGGUUCAGCAUUCAUGCCCCAUCUGCCAGAGGAAGUUCACCAACGCUGUAGUGCUACAGCAGCACAUCCGCAUGCACAUGGGGGGUCAGAUCUCAAACUCGCCCUUGAUGGACGGCCUACAGGACCUCGACACUGAUCUCUCCUUCCAUGAGAAGAACUUUGACAGCCUGAAAAACUAUGACAAUGACCUCAUGUAUGACAACUCCAUGGGGGAGGAAGAGGAUGAUGAAGAAGAAGAAGAGGUAGAAAAUAUGGAGGGGGGUGUAGAUACCCUUAAACCCCUGAGCUCUGUCUUUAGUUCUCCUCCCAACUCUGAUGCUGUUGUCUUCAGCAUAGCUGCACUGGAGAACCAAAUGAAAAUGAUAGACUCCACCAUAAACCUAAACCACUCCUUUGGGCUAAAGUCAAUGAUGAAUGGUUUUAUGGACAGUGAGCGCCGUGCUGCUAUCCACUCCUCUAUAGUGGGAGAAGGACAGAAUCACAAUGCAGCCAGCAGCCCAACCGUGUCUGAAUCGUCCACGUGUAUGCAUGUACCAGUGUCACCUGCGCAAAGCAAUUCGGAGGUCCACCUCUGCAAUUCCCCAUCUGGGAAGCACAGUGGAGAGUCCCAAGAGAUCACAGCCUCAGUGAAGAGUGAGCAAUUUGAUUCGCCCACCUCAACUCCGGUACUGGAAAAUGGAGUGACUUUGGAUCUGAGAGGGAUGCAACCUAACAGGCAGUGUGUGAAACAGGAGAGUCCUUACAGUACGCUGUUCCUGAGUAAAGAACGUGGUUCCAGCCAAAGCAUUCCUAGCCUGAUUACCAGCAUUGCGCCAAGGAUGAUCAAAUCUGAAAUGAAUGGGCACCAUCAACCAACGAACUUCAACGAGGGGCUGCAUCAUCCAUUCGGCCUCCAGGUCCCUGCUGCUCCUCCAUCUCUGGUGAGCCCAGGAAUCACCUCUCUGCUUAGGCCACCUCACCUUCGACGGACCCCGAAGCAACACAACUGCCAUGCAUGUGGGAAGAACUUCUCCUCAGCCAGCGCUCUACAGAUCCAUGAGCGGACCCACACAGGGGAGAAACCUUUCGGUUGCUCCAUCUGUGGCAGGGCAUUCACAACUAAAGGAAACCUGAAGGUACACAUGGGCACUCAUAUGUGGAACAACGCACCAGCCAGAAGAGGCAGGCGUCUGUCGGUGGAGAACCCCAUGGCCUUGCUGGGUGGGGAAGCUGCCAUGAAGUUCGGAGAGAUGUUUCAGAAGGACCUGACGGAACGGGCCAUGAACGUGGACCCAGGGUUCUGGAACCGCUACGCAUCAGCUAUAACCAACGGCCUAGCCAUGAAGAAGAAUGAGAUCUCAGUGAUCCAGAAUGGGGGGAUUCUACAGCUUUAUCCCAUGACGGCAGGCAUGGACAGAGUCAGCACUGGGGGUAGCCCACCAAUGACCAGUCUUGGAAAGACAGCCAUGGACCUUGGAAUUAACCGACCCCACUUUUCUAUGUUAAUUGAUGACAGUAAAGAGAUUGGGAUCAAUUUAAAUAAAUUGAAUGGCAGAUUAAUAAAAGAAAUAGAUUAUACAAACAAUGUAGAGAAUAAAUGA